UUUUGGCCGAGAGUGUAUAUAGCGAGAGGAAGGGUCUGAACUCUAAUGGUAUAUCGGAAUGGCCACUCUCAGUUCCGCGGCGCACGUUAGCAGGAGUCCUUUUGUACCUUCUACUUUCUCUUCCUUAUUACUCUCCUCCUCAAAUCGGAAAGCAAGCAAGCUCUGUGGAGCAAGGUGCGCACUGUCACCCCCAAAAUGGCGGGAAAGCAGGCGAUUGGUGUCCAUCUCUCUCCUCUUCUCCUGCUUCUUCUAUGCCCCUAAUCGUGCGAUGGCUAGCAGCCUUUUUGACAGGUAUGUGAAAAGGAAAAAACUUGAUCCUCUGGAGUCCUAUAUACCUGCGGUUAUAUUGACUCAAUUGCAGAUUAAAGACCUGGAGAAAACUUUGGAGGUCGAUCAACCCCGGUAUGAUAACUGCCGAUCUCUACUACGUUAUGGUCCAGCUGCUUCCUUACGUGUAAAUAUUCGAGCAGUUGCACAAUAUGCAUCAGAUGCUGGAAAUGGAAAAACUGCUUUUAGUGAUGUUGAUGAAUGUCUGAGAGCCUUGGAAGAACUCGAUUCCCUGUUUCUGCAUGCAUCAAGGAAGGAUCCAGAUGCCUCAGUAGGCGCCAUGAAAGCGAAAAUUGCGACAGCCAUAAGUGCGUUAGACAGCCUUCUACAGACUAUACCCUCCGAUGUGCUAGAUAAAGGGAAAGCAAUAGCUGACAUGUAUAGAACCACAGAAGAUGUAAAAGCUGAGAUAUCGGACCCAGAAAUAAAGCAGUUGGAAUCAAUACUCUGACUUCAGUAUUUCUCAAUUCGAUCUGCAUGCCUUGCGCUGAGCUGAUAUAAAUUGUGUUCAUUUCUAUAACAUUAAACCAUUAGAAUAUACAAUCAUUAUAAUCCAAUAUCAAGGUCAAAUUACAUGA